AUGGGGGUUGGAGCCGGGAUUGUUAUCAUCACUUCGGAAGGAAUAAGGUUGGAACAUUCUUUCAGGUUAGGGUUCAGGGCCUCUAAUAACGAGGUUGAGUAUGAAACCUUACUUGCUGGAUUAAGAGUCAUUUUGGAUAUGGGAGCAUGGGAAGUUGAGAUUUACUCAGAUUCUCAACUGGUGGUUAGCCAGGUGCAGGGCAGUUUUAAAGCCCGAGAUUCCCGAAUGAAGGAAUACUUGCGGGUCGUGAGGCAGGUUGGUCGAGGAGCUGCCCAACGUUUUGUGGGCAUAUCGGACAACCCCAGGAGGUUUAUGGGAGAGACUCCAUUUUCCCUAACGUACGGGGCAGAGGCUAUCAUACCAGCCAAGAUAAACCUAUGUAGUGCUCGGGUUGCGAAAUUCGCCCCUACCCAGAAUGAUGGAUUGAUGGUGGAACAUUUGGAUUUGCUAGAAGAGUACCAGGAAAUGACGACUAUACGGCUAGCCGAGUAUCAGCAAAAGCUUGCCCGGCACUACAACCGAGAUGUGAAGACAAAGGAAUUCGGCGCUGGGAACCUAGUGUUGCGGAAAGUAAUGGGAAAUAUGCAAGACACUAAUGCUGGGAAGUUAGCCCUGACCUGGGAAGGGCCUUAUAAAGUCACUGCCAUUGCAGGCGCAGAAGCAUACUACCUUGAGGAUCUAGACGAGAAACCGGUUCCCUGGCCAUGGAACAUCCAUAAUCUAAAGAAGUUUUAUCAAUGA